AUGGGUUUACUGGUAUGUCAAGUUCUCAGUGGAGGGGUUAUCAAGAUCCCUAUCAGUUCUCUCCAUGGAUACCUUCUAUGCUUGCUGGUUCUGGUUCCUAUCAGUUUCAUGCACCUCCUUAUUCUCCUUUUUCAUCAUCAUCACCGAGAUUUCCUCAGCAUUUCACCGGACAGACCAGACCUAAUGGGGGAUUCAGACCUCCUCCUACUCAUUCAGUGCACCCAAUGCAACCUGUUCAAACUGCUUUUGCUGGUUUUACUGGUGGUUAUGAGUUGCCUUCUGGUUCUACUGGUUUCUAUGGAAAUCCUCGCAUCUCACAACCGUCUACUGCCUUCUAUGGUUUAGAUUCUUCUUCUGCAUCUGUUUACAAUGAUGAUUCAGUCUCACAACCUUGGUAUUUUGAUAGUGGGGCCACAAAUCAUAUUACUAACAAUAUGCAGCACCUCAAUUUGGGUCAUUCUCCUUCCUCAGCUCUGAAUGAAGGUGUCAUGGUUGGUAAUGGGAAUACACUGCAGGUCACUCACACUGGACAAGCACACUCUUCAAGUUCUGUACAGAGGCCCAUGUCACAAGGGUUUAUACCCCAUUCUGAGCCAAUAUAGGUCAGUGUCAUCCAAUUCUAGUCCACUUUCUACUUCAGACACUGGUGUUGUUCCUGCUUUCCUUAGUAAAUCUACUUCCUCUGAGCUUUGGCACAGAAGACUAGGGCAUCCUAGUACUCCUUUGUUUGUUUCCUUAAUAAAACAAUUCAGUUUACCUGUUGACAGAGUUGUUUCUUUUGACUGUAAUAGUUGUCACAUGGCUAAAAGUCACAAACUUCAGUUUUCUAUCUCUGAAACUCACACUACAGCACCUUUUCAGUUAGUACACAUGGAUGUAUGGGGACCAUCCCCUGUGGCUUCUAAUAAAGGUUUCAAGUACUAUCUUCUUGUCAUAGAUGAUUUCUCAAGAUUUUCUUGGCUGUUCCCUAUGCAUUAUAAAUCCGAAGUUAAGUUCAAGAUUUCGGAUUUCAAGGCUUAUGUUCAGAACCAAUUUGGUACUUCUAUUAAGAUUGUUAGAAGUGACAAUGGAGGAGAAUUUGUUAACCACUUUCUUCUUCAUUUAUUUCUUUCCACUGGUGUCAUUCAUCAGACAACUUGCCCUCAUACACCAGAACAGAAUGGUGUUGUUGAAAGGAAACAUCGGCAUUUGAUUGAAACCACUAUCACUCUCUUACUUCAAGCUAGUUUACCUGUUACCUUUUGGCUUGAAGCUUUAAUCACUGCGGUUUACUUAGCCAAUCGUUUACCCCAUUCUUCUUUGCACUAUCAAGUUCCUUAUGUUCGUCUGUAUAACACCACACCCAAUUACUACAAUCUUAAACCCUUUGGUUGUUGUUGCUAUCCUUGGCUUAAACCAUAUACAAGUCACAAGUUACUUCCUAAAUCCACACCAUGUGUAUUCUUAGGCUACUGUGAUAACACUAAGGGUUUCAGAUGUUAUGAUCCUCAAACCACAAAGGUAUACACUUCUAGGC